AUGCCACCUCUCUUCUCCAUUUCUUGUUGCCGGCGCUGCUUCGUUCAUGGUGGUAUCCGUUUCUCAGUCACGACCACUGCCGCUACACGACUCGAUUCAGUUACUCGAGUUGCUGCUUUAGCUAUUGCAGACUGCCGUCGUGGAGCCCCUGUCAUCGCAAAUCACCGCCUCCAGCCGCCAACCCUUCUUCUUUCGCCGGUGUUUCGUUCCUGCUUUGACCACCAUCAGUCGCCGCCAUUGCGUUUGUUGCCGAUGAAGCGAGUGUUCGAGCCCUAUUGUGUAUUCAAGUUGUGCCUUGCAUCCAUGGGUUGUAUGAGUGACUUUGGCCAUAAAACCCACCGCCACCACCGUGAGGUGGUGGCUACCACCAUAGUUGUAAAAUGUAACAAAAGGAAGAGUAAUGAAAAGAAAAUAGAAAACCACCACCUUAGGGCGGUGGCUGCUGCCACCGGCCGCCGUGUCGGGUGGCGGUGCGCUUUGCCUCUUGUGAUAGAUUCGUUUGGGGUGCUAGAAACCCUAAUGGGCUCAAAGGAGCUCUAA